AUGUCUGCAGACCUCCUCACCCUACCGAAGGUCCUCCUCAUGGGGCUGCGCAAGUCGGGGAAAAGCAGCAUCCAGAAGGUAGUCUUUGAAGGCAUGCAGCCGCACGACUCUGUCAAUCUCCCCACAACUGUGCAGCCGGACAAGAGCACUGUGCAUUCCAACGACUUUGUGAACUUUGAGGUGUGGGAUUUUCCUGGUCAGUACGACCCAUUUGAUCCCAGCAAUGCGGGCAGCUACGACGCGGAGCAACUGCUUGACAACUGUGGGGCGAUUGUAUUUGUGAUGGAUUGUCGUGAAUUAAUCGACGACUCACGCGCACGGUUGCUAGACACGGUGUAUGCCGCAUACCAGUACAAUCCAGAGCUUUGCGUGGAGGUGUUUAUUCACAAGGUGGAUGCCCUCAGCGAGGACCACCAGACGGAUCUUCUUGCCAGUCUGCAGCGUCGUGUCGAGGCGGAGGCGAAACAGCGGCUGGAGAACACCGCCCCACUGCGCUUAAACUUCAACCUCACAUCCAUCUACGAUCACUCGGUUUUUCAAGCCUUCUCGUUGGUGGUGCAGAGGCUCAUGAAACUGCAGUCUCCGUACAUCACAGAACUCCUUCAAAUGCUGAAUAGCAACAGCAAUGUGGACCUCUCCUAUCUGUUUUUAAGUAGGUCCAAAAUAUUUUUGGCUGCGGAUGAGCGUAAUCGUGUUAAGUCACGCACAUAUGAUCUCUGCAGUGACGCGAUUGAAGUGAUGGUGAAGAUGAAUCAAAUCUAUGACCCUUCUAAUAAGAAGGAAGAGAAUACACGUAAUGUUGCUCUCGGCACAGUGAAUGGCAGGGACUACAUAAAAAGUCUUGAGUCGGCUGUUGGCGAGGGAGCCAACACCGUAAUCAAACUUAGUAGCGACGACUGCAUCUAUGUGAAGGAGCUUCCCAACUCCCUCACAGUGGUGCUGAUGCUGAAGAACGAGUCGUUUCUGAACAGAACACUCAUUGACUACAACAUUUCCGUUUUUUACAAGGCGGUGUUCGAAUUCUUCUCUACAGCCUCCCAUCACCAGUAA